AUGAAGAAUAGUGGAGCCAUACCGGCCGGGACAGCACCAUUACCCGAAGCCCAUGAGGUUGAAAAGAAAGAUCCCAAAGAGACCAACUACGCCCAAGACAACAAGAAACCAUACGGUAAUGGCCGUGGUGGAUACAAGAGGCGUGGACGUGAUAACCAGAACGACCGAGACAGCUACUUGACCGGCCGGAAAGGAAACCACAAUAACCGUGGUCGUGGUUCCAAUUACGGCCGGGGUCGAGGCAGUUACGGCCGCGGACGAGGUGGCAUAUCCAAACCAUCUUACACGUCCAAGUCUGAUGACAAAGGAUAUGGAUAUGAUGCUGACAAUGAAUCCGACAAAGAUAACAAAGAUGACCUAAUGGAUUUUGAGACAUCCGAUUGUCUCAAGGACUAG